CUUUUCCUCGAGACGCAGAUAAUCUGCGGCAGAUUUAGGCUACUGGUUUACCAGCAACCAUUAGGAGUAUAACUCAAAAUAUAGUCUCUAUAUUGUUGUUUAGUCGGUUAGAUAUAAUAAUAUUAGUUAGCCUAUUGUUAAUUAGAUACAAUUAUGUUAAUCGUCGCUGUCAUCGCGUUUGAGCGCUACCUGAUCGAAGAUAAACUGCGAACUCAACUGAACAGAUGACCACAUACACUACAACUUUGUUUUAAAUCAGAUUUUAUUUUAAUCUACAUCAGCGUAAUGAUCUGGGUGUUAUUUAUCUGCUUUUUACUCUUGAAAGGUGUGUUUGGUGCUGAAGAUACAGUGAAGACAGUGUCAGGGAUGGAGGGAGAUUCUCUCACUCUAAACACUGAUGUUACUCAAAUACAGAAAGCUGAUCUGAUACUGUGGAUAUUUGGACCUGAAAGCACUCGUAUAGCUCAGAUCAACAGACAGGUCAAUAUGGUCUCGUUAUUCAGUAAUGCUCUUGACGGGAGAUUCAGAGACAGACUUCAUCUGGAUGAUCAGACUGGAGAUCUCACCAUCAUGAACAUCAGAACUGAACACUCUGGACUUUAUGAGCUACAGAUCUAUAGCAGAAAUGUAGCCACAACCCAAAAAUUCAGUAUUAUUGUUUCCGCUCGUCUGCCUGUUCCUGUCAUCAGUAGAAACUGUUCUUCAUCAUCAUCAUCAUCAUGUUCACUGGUGUGUUCAGUGGUGAAUGUGAAUGAUGUGACUCUCUCCUGGUACGCAGGAAUGAGUGUAUUGUCCAGCAUCAGUGCGUCUGAUCUCAGCAUCAGUCUCUCUCUACCUCUGGAGGUGGAAUAUCAGGAUAAAAACACCUACAGCUGUGUGCUGAACAAUCCCAUCAGCAACCAGACCACACAUCUGGACAUCAACACACUCUGCAGACACACAUGUGCAGAGGACGAGUCGGCACAAACAGGUUUAUCAUUCAGUCAUAUAGUGCUGAUCUGUGUUUUUGUUGGAGCAAUUGUUUUAGCUGUGGCUGCUGUUGGAAUAUUUACCAUCCACAUGAAAUAUAGAAAUAAAGAUCACAAGGCAGACGAGGGCGUUGCUGAGAAUGUUGAACUGAAGACCGUGUCGGUGACGAUGGGAGAGUCCGUCACUCUAAACACUGGCCUCACUGAAAUAGAAAGCUACGAUGCGAUACAGUGGAGGUUUGGAAAAUCAAGCUCAGAUCAAACAACUCCUUUUGAAGUCAUCGCCAGACUGAAUGAACUGAACAAUAGCGGUCAAUGCGAUCACGAUGACCGAUUUCACCUGGAUCGCAAAACUGGAUAUCUCACUAUCAAUGAUGUCAAACCUACAGAUAUUGGUCUUUAUAAAGUAAAUAUCACCAAGAAUGGGAGAGAUAUGACCUCCAAGAUAUUUGUUGUCCAAGAUUCUAUUGAAAAAGAAGAUUAUAUGCCUGAGGAGAAAAACUUACUGAUGGAGAAUGGACAGAUCUCUGAAAAGUCUUAUAGUCUUUAGGCUAGUAACCCUGAAUGCUUUGGAAAAUGUGUUUGAAAUGAUUCUGCAUUGCUGUGAAAAAUAUAAUGACAAAGGGUUUCAUUUAACUUAAAAAUAACGUGUGAACCUUUUCUUGACCACCUUCCUAGUGAUCUUGCUAAUUUGCUGCAGGACGGGAGACCACAUUUUGUCUUCACCAAUAAGUUAUAAAUUCUUUUGAAUAGUUUUUUUAUUUUUUUUAUUUUUUAUUUUUUUUUAUAUAUAUAUAUAUUUUUUGUAUAUGUAUGCGUUUUGUUGUAAACAAUAAUUUACAUUAUGUCAUGGAACUUGAUGUGCAAUCUAUGUGUGUGAAUAAUUUUACCCCUGUUUUGUAUGUUGGUAACAGCUGGGCUUGUUUGUUUAUUGUUUGUAUAAAA